ACGUUGCGCUUACGGGUUACGUUACAGUUUUACGGGUUAGAACAGAAAUAUCUGUUUCCAGAGUGCGUUGGAAUGUAAGCCGCCGCGCCGCUGCAUCAAGUGACCCUUUUGAGCGUCAGCGAACAGCAUUCGAAGAGGCCGUGAAUGUUGAGGAUAAAAAACUCCUCGAAGAGGAAAGUGUAGUCUGCGAACGAUGACGACAGGAAGCACCGGAUCAACAUUCCCGAAAUGGCAGCUGGCACUACUAAUCGGGGCACCCGUGGCAAUCGGCCUUGGGUAUCUUUAUUGGCGCAAAUCCGCCGAUCAGGAUGGUGACAAACUGACGAAGAAGAAACUUGCCGACAUAAAAGACAAAACCAUUUCGCUCGACGGUGACGACCGGUCCUCGUUGGAGCCAAAAGAAGCAAAGCCAUUGACUGGCCGCGAACUUGCACUGCACCACAAGAAUGAGGGAAACAAACACUUCCGGGGCGCAAUGUACGAUCAGGCCAUCGUGGAAUAUACUACCGCUAUCGAUCACUGUCCCAAAGAGGAAGCCACUGAUCGAGCCACGUACUAUCAAAACCGGGCGGCGGCCCACGAGCAACUGCAAAACUUUCGGGAUGUGAUAAACGACUGCAGCAAGGCGAUCGAAUGUAACCCCACGUACACUAAGGCUCUGAUACGGCGCGCCAAGGCAUAUGAGCAGAUUAAAGAGUUAAGCAGUGCGCUGGACGAUAUUACGGCCGCUUGCAUUUUGGAUCAGUUUCAGAACAAAACCGGACUCCUGCUAGCGGACCGCAUCCUGGGGGAGCUGGGCCAAGAGCACGCGCGCGAAGCGAUGAAGGACAAGAAAGAGGUGGCACCGUCGAAGCUGUUCAUGAAGAACUAUUUCAGCUCGUUCAACAAUGAUCCGUUCCGCAAAAUGGUCAUAGCCAGUUCCGAGCCGAAAGGGUUCGUCAAGGCCAAAGCACUGUUUGACAAGGGAGAGUACCAAGGAAUCGUGGCCGCGUGCACGGAGGAAAUCGAAUCGAGUGAAUCGGAAGCCGAGUACAAGCUAGAGGCAUUGCUGCUGCGAGGAACUUUCUACAACCUGAUGGCAAACUACACCGAAGCCAAACUGGACCUCGAUGCGGUGGCUGACCUAGAGACGGCGGACAAAAAGUUGCGUGUUAACGCACUGAUCAAACGAGCGUCUCUCGUCGUGCAGACGGACUCGGAAACGCCGGAAAAAUGUUUCGAAUAUUUCGCCAAGGCAGAAGAGAUCGAUAGCACAAACUGCGACAUCUUCCACCACCGGGGACAGGUGUUCAUUCUGAUGGAUCGCAUGGACGAAGCGAUAAAUGACUUUGAUCGCGCGCACAGUCUGUGCCCGAGUUCGGCGAUCAUCGCUACGCAUCUCUGCUACGCGCGCUACCGGAUGGCACUGAUGAGCAAAGACGAAGGGGGACUCCGGAACGUCAUGAAACGGUUCAACGACAUCCUAGAACAGUUCCCGAACUGCGUCGAGUGUUACAGCAUCAUGGCGCAGGUUUUGACGGAGCAACAGCAGUACCAGGAGGCAGACAACUUCUUCGAGAAGGCGGCCAAACUGGAGCCAGACAAUGCCCAAAUUCUAGUGCACCGGGGGUUGCUGCAGCUACAGUGGAGGGGAGAGAUCGACGAAGCGACGAAGAUGAUCAGAAAAGCGAUCGAAAUCGACGAUAAGUGUGAGUUUGCGUACGAAACGCUUGGUACGAUCGAAGUGCAGCGCGGCAACCUUGUCGAGGCGAUCAAACUGUUCGAAAGUGCCAUCGCACUAGCCAAAGCCGAACGCAGUCUGGUUCACCUGUACUCGCUGAAGGACGCUGCUAUCGCCCAAGUGAACGUUUCCAAGAGCAUGGGAUUGAGUAUUAACAAUUUUUCUCCAUCGUACUUUGCUUGAACUACCGAUUAUUAUUGUUAUGUUUUUUUCGUUGUAAUCAAUCAAAAUCAAUGCAAUCAAAAACAUAUUUUCUUUUUCAAUUCGAUAGUUUUUGCAAUAUUUGUUACAAUUUAACAAGAUUCCGCCGCCGGGGUUUCAAUGUGUUACAACGUACAACUUCUCAAUCAAUCACAAGGACCAAACCUAGAAAAUGGUCACAUUUGGCGCAUUGUUUCCCGGCUAUCGUUUCAUCGAAACUUUUGCAUGGGUUGGGUUGUUGGUCCCGCCCCAACCUCCCCUCUGUCACGCAGGUACCGCCAAUCGAAACCGUGGCCGGCUACAUGAAAACCGGUCUCGGGAUUCAAACCGUGCCGGAAGCGAAGAGCGUAACCGACUGUUUCAUCACCGGCGGCAACCAUCUUGUACAAACAUAACUAGAUAAAAGUCCCGGUUCCACGCGUCACGACAUCAUCCCCCUCACAGCAGAAGUACAGCACGAAAGAGACCAUGAGAAUGCUCACAAGCGAGUUCAAAAUCGAAUAAAAUUACCACGCAUAAAGUUAAACAGCUUGCAUUUGUUCGUUGUUGUUUAAUUGCAUGCGAAAAGUUUGCCAGACGCUGCGCUGAGCAAUGCCAUUUGCGGCCAGUUCCUUCGAAGUUUUGACCGUUUCAUGAUAGAACGCAGAAGGAAGAAGAGAUUAAGUACUAGAAAAUGUUUUUAUUAUCCAUGUUUUUUUUUCGUUAGAAUACAUUUGAGUAGUGAUAAGUAAAAUAUAUUUCAUAUUCAAACUUUAUCGGAUCUGCCUCCGUUCUGUUCGUGAAAGUAAAAGUCCAUAUUGAUAUGUUUUUCGCAAAACAUAUUUAGUCCUUUAUCCGCUUAAUUCAAUAGCGCGGUGCAUAUCGGCAGAGUAAAUGUAUGAAAAAACGGAACAAUGGUAGUAACAAAAACUUUGAGUAAAUAAUAAAUAUAUAAAUUAUUAAUAAAUAAAAAAAAAGUUUGACUCCACCACGAAGGUGUCGAAAGAAAAACGAAGCAAAAAUUCAAUCAAUUCCAUUCAACAGUCCUCAUUUUGAUGGUCGUUUGAAACUA